CAGUGAGGGAAGGAGACAUGUCCCAGGACAAGCCAAACUAUCCUAUAAUGGGGGAGAAUAACCCCCUUCACAACAGUGUCUAUGGGCCACCCAAAACUGAUGCCUUUGGAAUGCCUCCGCCCAACUAUAGCCAGGGCCCAGGGGCACCUCCAUAUGCAGCACCAGGACCCUACGGCCAGCCCGGUUACGACCAGCCUCCAGCACCAGGGUUCGGCCCUAGUCCGUACCCACAGAUGCCAUAUCCACAGAUGCCGUACCCACAGGGGCCCUACGUUCAGGGGCCGUACCCUCAGAGUCCAUACCAGCAGGGGCCCGGCCAGCCUGCCUUUGGUGUAGAUUCUAAUGCUUCUGUGGAGAGCCCUGGAUACAACGGUGCAGAUGGACCCCCCUCUUACUAUGGCAAUGAUGAGUUUGUGAACUCUGGCUGGGAAGAUAAGAGUAUCCGACAGGCCUUCAUUAGAAAGGUGUUUAUGGUCUUGACCGUGCAGCUGUUGAUCACCUUCUCUUUUGUUGCCGUUUUCACCUUUUCAACUGAUGUCAAAGUGUUUGUACGGAGAAAUCAGUGGACGUACUAUGUGUCCUACGCUAUCUUCUUUGUUUCACUGAUCGCUCUCAGCUGCUGUGGAGAGUUUCGCCGCAAACACCCAUGGAACCUGGUGGCACUGUCCAUCCUGACCCUGAGUCUGUCCUAUAUGGUUGGAAUGGUUGCCAGCUACUAUGAUACAGAUGCAGUUAUCAUGGCAGUAGGCAUCACUGCGGUGGUCUGCUUCACAGUUGUGCUUUUCUCACUGCAGAGCAAAUAUGACUUCACUUCCUGCUGGGGUGUUCUUUUUGUCUGUCUGAUUGUCCUGCUCCUGGCCUCUUUCCUCUGCAUCUUCAUCCAAAAUAAAAUUCUGCACAUUGUCUACGCCUCGCUCGGGGCCCUGCUGUUCACUUGUUUCCUGGCUGUGGACACCCAGCUUCUCCUGGGCAACAAGAAGAUGGCCAUUAGCCCAGAGGAAUACGUCUAUGCAGCUCUUAACCUCUACACUGACAUCAUCAACAUCUUCCUUUACAUCCUGGCCAUCGUGGGUCGUACCAAGGAAUGAGUGCUCCUCCUUCCUGUGAGAAGAGGGAAUGCAGUCCACUUUACACGGAAUGAUGUACCACCUCACAUCUCAUUACCUUUCCUCAUAUUCUUAAUUUAUUUGUCUUUCACAUUCCCUGUAUGUCAACAUGUACAGGCUGAUCAGGCCAUAAGCUCAUAAAGCCAUUUGCAAACUCAAAUGGCAAUUUAUUUCGAAUUUUUUUUCAGAACCCGUUUGAAUGUAGUUCCUCUACAUUGCUCGCUCUGUCCUUCUUGUUAAAACCGCUUCUGUGGUUCUGGAGAUGUAUAGCGUGAUAUGACUCAACAGUUGCAUCCAAACGGCAUGGCAGAAAUUCACUCGACUAACCUUUGCACAUAGCCUGGUUGACAGUGAGGGAGCAAGAAAGAGCAAAUAUCAAUGAGCGGAGAUUUGUAUGGCAGAGUAAUGAACAUUACUGAUACUAAUGUGCUCCACUAGUCAAUAUAAAGUCUCUGCAUGAUAGUUUAACACAGCAAAAAAUGUCAGACAGACAUAGAUACUUCUCCAAACAUUUGCAUAUAUUCAGUAGCUGUAAAUAGUCAGAUAAAGCUCAAACCCCUCUAGUUCUAGGCAUGAAUAUCUGAAUAUCUGGCUGUGCUACUCCCUAAUGUGUGCGUUUCUAUAACAUUACUGCUUUGCAAAAUAAUACCACCAAUAGAUACACUCCAAGAUGACAAACGUUUGUUCAGUUGACUAUUAUCUACAGUAUAACUAUGAGAAGUAAAAUAAAGCCUGUAUAUAGUUUAUCUUUCUGUUGUUGUUUUUUUAGUUUUUUUGAGAGGAAGGUGAGCUUGAGAGGUUGUCCUGACUAUUAAAUCGUUCCAAAGGUCAGUAUUUGCGGCUCAAACACUACAUUACAUGACUCCUUUCUCUUUCAUGCUGACUACAUUACAGAUUUAUUUAUUUUUCAUUAAAUAGUUCAUUUUGUUGUUUUGAUUUUGUAUAUCUGUGUGUGUGAAUGAGGGAAAGAGAAGUAUUCCCUUAUUUUAACGAAUGUGAAUGGAAUAUUGAAUUAUUUUAGGCUUUUAGAAAUUUUGCUAGUUGCAUGUUACCUUGCAAAAAUGUUCCAUGUGCUGGAAAAUAACAGGAUAUUUCUUGCAUUUGAUGUUUUUGUGGUUAUUUAUAAGUUAUUUAUUAAAAUGCCAGAGGAAGUCUGCUGGGUAAUGGACAACUUGUCAUGAACAUGGUAAUAUGGUUCAUUUUAAAUUGUCCUAGAAAUUUAAGUGAUGCAUUUAAAUAUAAAACAAAAAAAAAUAAAAAACACACUUAACAUUGACAGGCAUUUAUUUAAGCAUUUUAGGGCUAAUUGUAGUGUACAAAGGCAGAUUUUUGUUUAUUCAAAUUGUAUACUAAAGAGUAUUCACUCCAAAUGUUUUCAGAUGUGAAAUGUAAAAUGGUUUCUAAGAUAAUUAGGUAACUUAAAACAUUCACUGAAAUGCCAUGUACCAAGCUGAAAUCUCCUAUCUUGCAUGUGGGCCUCUUGAACACUGAACUGGCUGUGAAAAUCGUGGGUUAAGAAAAUAUUGACUAGGGUGGCUUAACCUUUCUUUGUAUGUCUUUAUUACUAACUUCUGCAUAAGUAAAGCUAUAGUGGAUUGAGGUUUGUAGAGUGUGUUUGGGCUUUGUAGAUCUCUUCGCACUGUACAUUUGCAUUAAACUGAAGUUAAAUUGUAUUCCUCUGCAGCCUCUUUGCUUUUCAUCACAAAAAUAAAAUUUGAGGAAAAUA